AUGGGAUACAGAGUGCCGCAUCUGAAUCCUUACAAUGGGUGGCUUAGAAGCCGGGCCUACCGGGAGGCACAUAGACUCUUGGAUGAGGAAUUCAAGAAGUACCUCGGGGAUUCACGAGAACAGGGUCGUCAGGCCGAGGACCACUCACUACCACCACCACCCUCAUCACCACCGGCUCCGCCGGCUAAUCAGUCUGAGGUUAUACCUCCUCUCCUUCAAACACCUUCAUCUCCCCCGCAAACUCCUUCGCCUCCCUUUCGAUCUCCGUUAUCCGCAUUUUUGGACGCACUGACGGAGAGUAUCUUUCCAGAUACUCCUCCACAAUCAUCUGAUUCGUCGAUCCCAAUUUCCCCCAGAGGAAUUUCGUUCCCGACGAACUCCACGGACAGCGUGGAGUUCUUAGAGGAAAUUCCUCCACCCCCACCUAGAUCUUACUUCAGCAUCCUAGAGAGUGACACUCUCGAGUCACUCAUCACCCAAUUCCCACGGACUACUACCGCAUCCAUCCCUUAG